CAGUCGGAACAACGUUGUAUUAUUGAGAAGAUGGCUGAGUAUGUGGCACGCAACGGGCCGGAUUUCGAACAAAUCGUUGCCCAACAGAAGGCUAAUGAUCCUAGGUUUACCUUUUUGCAAGUCUCUCAUCCCUUCCAUGCUUAUUAUCUUGCCAGGAAGAAGGAGUUAAGCAAUAAUAUCGACAAAUCUCUAGCGCAAGCCGAACAGAGCCAAACUGAUGCCGUGGUUGAGGAGAAGAGUAACGUAGAUCAGACUAAUUCUGAUUCAAUCAAGCCCUCAGGCACCAUAAGCUUUAAACUGAUGCACAAAUCGAGUAGUUCUAGUCGUCUACGUAGUGCUUAUUCAGCAACAACGAAAGAUCGUGAUCCGAAUGGAUCCUCGUUCGAAUCUAACCAGCCAGUCGUGAUUGCGUCAUUUGAGCCACUCAUUCAAACGUCAACUGAAAUUCAUUCCUGCAGUCCUGACGUUCCAACUGACAUUUGUCAUGACGGAAUUCCUGGGCUUAUAGCAUACGAUUCUUCAGAAUCAGAGGAUGAUAACUGUAUUCCUCAACCUGAUAUUGCUCCAGUUUCUAUUAGCUCCAUAAAUACUCAAGUUGGCUCGCGGCAGGACCACUCUUCCCCGUAUUCGUCUCCUAUGCCUCCUUUAUCCUCGCCAUCUCCACUACCAGUAUCAUCGACGCCACCGACAUUAAACUUCACAGAUCCGAACACAGUGGAAGAGUCUGUUCGAAAAUCAACAGCCAAGCAAAAUAAUCCUACUUACGAAGGUGUCUUGACUAGCCUGUCGGGACACAGGAGGAGGCAUCAUGAGAAGUAUUCUAAUAGAAACAAGUCCAAACGAGUGAUUGUUACUCCGACCCACCCAUGAGAGGCCAAAACCAUAUUCCACUAUUUUGAUAGACUGCACAGUGAAAUCCAAAUACUUACCUUGAUUUCCUCAAUCAUUAUGGCUUAA